AUGCUCUGUAGGCUGAUUCUGGCACAGUCACUUUUGUCCAGGAGCUCUGCAGAGGCGCUGCCUCGUCUCAGCUUUCCAGGCUGGACGCGACAGUCGCUCGGCAGCGUGUGGCGACAAGGAGCUCCCGGCCAGGGGGAGCAGCAGACACCUCUCCGGCGAGCGGCGACCCCGGGCGCCCGACCCUCCCGCCGCCACGAGAGCUGCACCGAAGGCAUCGCCGGCCGGCGCGAGACGCGGGAGCGGUUUGUAGAUGUGGGUCUUGCCGCGGGGUGCCGUGGGGGUCACGAUGUACCUGUGCACAAGACCUUGACCUGUUUAACUGCUCUUCUGCUCUCUUGGAAACGCGCUGCGGCGAGCGGGCCGCCCUCGCCCCUUGCCGGUGGCAUCGACCACACGCUCCCCAGCGGCGGGAGCAGCAGGACUCCUGCCCCAGACAGAGGAGCGGGUCCUGGGCCAGCUCCAAGAAAAGCCCCGGCCAUCUCGGGGCUGCCUGCGGGAGACCUCCCGGCUCCCAGGCACCCGCUGCCGGGGUCCCUCGCCACGUGGCUGUGGCUGUGGUCGCGGCGGGUGGGACACGGGCCGGUCUCCUUGCUGUUGGUUUGAGCUCCCGUCUCCAGCGGCUCGGUUCUCCGCAGUCCCGGCUCAUCCCUCGUCGCAGCUCCCGUGGCUGGGCUGCGGCUGGGUGAGAUGCACCCAAAGGGCCGGGCGGUGGCCGGAGCGGUGACGCCAGCUUCCCGGUGCGCGCCGGGCUUCUGGCUGACGGGUGCCGUGGGGAAGGCGGUGUCGGAUCUCAUGUUGGACAGUGGCAUCAAUAAACAGAGCGAUGAUGGGAUAA